AUGAAUUCUGAAACUGUGAGUAACCUUGUUACUACUGGAGUUGGUUCUGAGGCUGCUCCGAUCGAGGUUGAUGAAUCUAGUUUGAAAAGGCUGAAACUAGCAACCUCCAAUCAUGAAGAUAUUAGUCAGACUAUAGCAGAAUUGCAACUUAAAAUGGGUUCAUUUAAGAUUGAUUCAGGAGUAACUAGAGAUAUAUUUGCUGGGUAUGUAGUUGCUGGGGAUAAGCCUUUUAAUAUGGUUGAUGAUAGGAGAUUUAGAAAUUGGGUGAAAUAUAUUAGUCCAACUUUGAAAGUUCCUUCUAGGAAUAUGGUUAAGGCUGACAUAGUGAAAGUUCACAAGAGAGAAGCUGCGAAACUUAAAAAAAUUUUAGUUUCCAUUCCAAAUAGAAUUUGCUUACCAUCUGAUCUUUGGACUUCUAGUACCAAUGAGGGAUUUUUUUCCAUUACUUUGGAUAAUGCUUCUUCUAAUGAUACUUGUGUUGAACACUUGAAAAGUACUUUGGAUGUGCAUGGUUCAUUGUUGUGUGGUGGUGAAUUCUUUCAUGUUCGUUGCUCUGCUCAUAUUUUAAAUCUUAUUGUCCAAGAUGGAAUGAAAAUAUGUGGUGAUGCAGUGUAUAAGAUUAGAGAGUCUAUUAAGUUUAUGAGAAAAUCUGAAAGUCGAAUGGUUAAGUUUAAAGAAUGUUUUGAAGAUAUUGAGGGACUUGAGUAUACGACUGCAUUAUGUUUAGAUGUUCCUACUAGGUGGAAUUCACUUUAUGCAAUGCUUGCAAGUGCUAUUCCUUAUAAGAAAGCUUUUGAAAUGUAUAAAGUAAAAGAAGCUGGGUUUAGGGAGUAUUGUCCUUCAUCAGAUGAGUGGAGAAGAACUGAAAAGAUAUGUGAUUUCUUGUUACUAUUUUAUGAAACUACCAAGUUGAUGUCUGGAACUUCUUACCCAACAUCCAACUUGUAUUUUUUACAAGUUUGGCAAAUCCAGCUUAUUUUAAUGAAUAGUUUGAAGAAUGAUGAAGUGCUUAUAAGUAACAUGGGAGAAAAAAUGAUGAUUAAGUUCAAGAAAUAUUGGAAAGAAUACAGUGUUGUUCUUGCAUUUAGGGUAGUUCUUGAUCCUAGAUUUAAACUCAACACUUUGGUUCAUUGCUAUAAUGAGAUUGAUCCUAUUAGUGCUAAAGACAAAGUGGAGCAUGUGAAGAGUAAGUUAUACAAGCUUUUUGAGGUUUAUGACCAAAAUUCCUCUACAACUGUAGAGAGUUCUUCCCAACUUUCAAGAUUUGAUGUCCCGUAA